AAUGUGAACGGGUUAAAAACAAGAGUAUUGUCUUGUUCAGUCAAUCAUGUCCGAGAUCAUGUCUUCUGAGAAAAAGGAACCCAAACAAUCUUCAGGCCCUGCUAGUGACGGGGUUCAUCAGUUGAAGUGGAUCCCCUGGGGCAGCACUGAGUCUGAUGAUAAUGUGUUUGUACCCAUUGUUACUCAAAAUGAGAAUGGUCCCUGUCCACUACUCGCCAUAUGCAAUGUACUUAUUCUUAGAAACCUCCUCGUUAUACCACCAGGUGAGACUUUAAUCACUUCGCAAAGAUUAAUGGACUUAUUAGGAUCCUGUCUGUUUCAGUGCAGGCCAAACGAUCUAAGUGAGACCGAAGUUACUAAUUAUGAACAGAAUGUGGGAGAUGCCAUAUCUGUGUUCCCUAGACUAUUGACCGGGCUUGACAUAAACGUCAAGUUUAACAGUGUUUCUGGUUUUGAAUUCACUCAGGAACUCUCUAUAUUCGAUUUGCUCAGUGUCCCUCUCUAUCACGGCUGGUUACCCGAGCCGUCAGAUCAACAGUCUUACCCUCUCGUCUCCUCUUCAACUUAUAAUCAACUAGUGGAGCAAGCAAUUAAUGAUAGGUCAUCUGAUGACAGUGCUAAAGUAAAUGCAGCUAUAGUUAUAACUGAUUUUUUGGAAAGUACAGCAUCACAGCUAACCUAUCACGGUCUAUGUGAGCUGAAUAGGGUCGUCAGUGAGGGAGAACUAUGUGUCUUCUUUAGAAAUAAUCACUUUAAUACAAUGCUUAAAAGAAAUAAUGAGCUCUUAUUACUAGUUACUGAUUUUGGGUUCCUGAAUGAGUUGGGUCACGUGUGGCAUGUCCUCAGCGAUAUUGACGACAGUGGAUCUUUCCUCGACUCAAACUUCAAACCAUCUUCAAACCUCCCUCAAACUGUGACACAAAGAUUUACGGGGGAGGAGAUUGAUGUGCCGAUGGAAGUGGAGGAGAGAGAGACAGAGAAGAAGGAGGAACCGAAAGUACCAGAAUAUACAGCUGAAUUAGACACUCAGAUUGCAAUGGAUCUAAUGUCAGAAGAGGAACAACCCAUUCAACCAGUGGACAGUCCAACAGAGGCCUCUAUCGCCACAAGGCAGCUGCUAGCAGAUGAAGAGCUAGCAAUGAGACUUCAUCAAGAAGAACUGUCAAGAGAAAUAGAAGCAUUUGGAGGAGGAGGAGGAGGAGGAGGAGGAGGAGGAGAAGCAAGUCAUCAUCCUCCAUCAAGUAAAGAGGAAUAUGAACAGAUUGCUUUAAGGGAACGCAGAGAAAGAAGAAGGACAUCUAAGCAAGACAAUGGCUGCUCUAUUUUGUAAAUAAAAUAACAUAUCAAAGUAUAGUAAUUAUCGUUUAUUGCUUUUUAAAAUUCACACAUGCAGAUGUACUCUACAUUAUUAUAAAUAGAGUGUUUAUGAUGAAAACUUUUAUUGAUUAUUAAAAUAAUAAUGCCAGAUCUAA